AGAGCCGUCCCUAUUUACCUUCGCCAAGAGUAGUGUCGUGCCAGCUCGCUGCGUGGCUACACGGACGGCUGGUAUUCGCCGUUUCUUGGGGGGUAAGGUCUGCUACCGUCGCUUGUUUCUCGACGUGUGUGAAAGAAGAGCGGCGGAGACUCUGGGGACGUCCCCCGGUUGUUUAGCCGAACAACAGACCGACCGACCGUCAGCUACCCGGGCUAAGCUAGCAGCAGCACGACGGACCUGGUGGGGGUGAAUUCAGUAUUCCGGCCCUUGGCAGAAAAAUAUAAAUAACGUCUCGGGAGCGAGCUGUGGAACAAUGACACGAGCAGCGAGCAGGUCCGAUGGCGGCGAGGAGAAGACGUGUCGCUGGAUGCGUGUCGGUUGAACGGCGGAACGGAACGUUAGUCCCGCGAAUCGAAGCCAGUCGGUUGGGCUAAAUUGAGCGAGGAAGUUGACUAGCCACCUUGCUAGCAAGGCGACAGAUGUAUUACUGGACCAAGGGUCGUCUCAAAAGUCUGAGUUAACGUAUCUCUGUUUUAAAACUUCACAAAGCGGGCGGGUGAUGACUUUUUUUUUUAAAAGUCAAACAAUUUUAACCCGCCACCAGCUCACGUCAGUUGGUUUCCAGUUAGCUGUAAAGUCCGAGCUGCUUGUAAACAAAGGGUCCCGAGCUCCACCUGUCCCCGCGGCGUUACCGCUGACCGUGUGUUUCACAGACGGUGUUGCCUUUUUUAUUUCUUAUUUUUAUUUUUUAUUGAACGGUGUAACCAGUUCCAAGCAAUGGAUUUAAAGACCGCGGUGUUUAACGCAGCCAGGGACGGAAAGCUCCGGCUGCUCCAGAAGCUGUUGGAGAACAAAGAUGGACACGAGGUGACCAAGUUGAUGGGCGAGAAGACGAACGGGGCCACUCCGCUGCUGAUGGCCUCCCGCUAUGGCCACCUGGACCUGGUGGAGUACCUGCUGGAGUGCUGCAGCGCUCCCGUCGAGGUCGGCGGGUCGGUGAACUUUGACGGGGAGACCAUCGAGGGGGCGCCCCCUCUCUGGGCGGCCUCGGCGGCGGGUCACCUGAAGGUGGUCCAGUCCCUGCUGGGCCACGGAGCCUCUGUGAACAGCACGACCCUGACCAACUCGACCCCCCUGAGGGCAGCCUGCUUCGACGGCCACCUGGACAUUGUGAAUUACCUGGUGGAGCACAAGGCUGACCUGGAGGUAGCCAACAGGCACGGACACACGUGCCUCAUGAUCUCCUGCUACAAAGGACACAAGGAGAUCGCGCAGUACCUGCUGGAGAGGGGCGCCGACGUCAACAGGAAAAGUGUCAAAGGCAACACGGCGCUUCAUGACUGUGCCGAGUCGGGCAGCCUGGAGAUUAUGAGGAUGUUGCUGCAGUUUGGAGCGUCCAUGGAGCAGGACGGCUACGGCAUGACGCCCCUGCUGUCCGCCAGCGUCACAGGCCACAUCAACAUCGUUGACGACCUCACAAUGCACCAGCAGACGAGCCCCACAGAGCGCAUUAACGCCCUGGAGCUCUUGGGAGCCACGUUUAUCGACAAGAAGAGAGAUCUGCUCGGAGCUUUAAAAUACUGGAAGAGAGCCAUGGACCUCCGGUACAUCGACAGUAACGCCGUUGUCCAUAAAGCAGAAGCCAAACAGCUGAUUAUGGCUUACGACUACGCCAGGGAGGUCACGAACGGAGAAGAGCUGGACGGCCUGAUAUCCGACCCGGACGAGAUGCGCAUGCAGGCGCUGCUCAUCCGCGAGCGGAUCCUCGGCCCCCAACAUCCAGACACGUCUUAUUACAUCCGUUACCGAGGAGCCGUCUACGCCGACUCUGGGAACUUUGAGCGCUGUAUCAAUUUGUGGAAGUACGCGUUGGACAUGCAGCAAAGCAACCUGGACCCCCUCAGCCCCAUGACGGCCUCCAGCCUGCUGUCGUUCGCCGAGCUCUUCUCCUUCAUGCUGCAGGACCGAGCCAAAGGGCUCCUGGGGACAUCGGUGUCGUUCGAGGACUUGAUGGGGAUCCUUUCCAAGAGUGUGUUGGAAAUUGAGCGGGCGUUGACACAAAAUGGACCGCUGCCUCCUGACCCCGCCCAGCUCAGCAAGGCCCUGUCGAUCAUCCUGCACCUCGUUUGUCUCCUGGAGAAGGUUUCCUGUACUGCGGAGCAGGACCACUUAAAGAAGGAAACCAUCUAUAAAUUCCUGAAGCUCCAGCCGUGUGGUAAGAACGGCUACAGUCCGCUCCACCUGGCCGUCGACCGCAACACCACCUGCGUGGGCCGCUAUCCCGUCUGCAAGUUCCCCUCCCUCACGGUCGCCUCCAUCCUUCUCGAGUGCGGGGCCGACGUGAACAGCCGCGACGAAGACGACAACAGCCCCCUUCACAUCGCCGCAUCCAACGGUCACCCCGACAUCAUGAACCUGCUGAUAUCAUGCGGGACUCACUUUGACAGCACCAACGCCUUCCAGCAAAUGGCCUGCGACCUCCUGGACGAGAAGGAGCUGUCCAGGAAUAUAAUCCAGCCCAUAAACCACACCACGCUGCAGUGCCUGGCCGCCAGGGCCAUCGUCAAGCACAGCCUCGUCUACCGGGGGAACAUCCCCGAGAAGCUCGAGGCCUUCGUCCUGCUCCACAGAUAAUGAGCGCGAGGCCGUGGGGGAGGAGGAGUGGACGGAUGAAAAAGAGCAGUGGACGGACCGAGGAGCGGCAUCGCUCACGGCGCGACCCGCAAGGUGUUUUGACAAGUUGGAAGAUGCUAUUUCUUUGGGGGUGUUAGGUUUGCAAAUUCUAACUAUUCGAAAACUAAGAACUGGAAGAUCUGUGUGAACAGAAAUGUCCUCGGGCGAGGAUUGAACUGAAAGGAGGAAUGCGUUCCCGUUUCCUUCCCGUCUGCGCCUUCAUGGAGCCACGGCUCCGACUGUCGCGGCCGGACCUGUGGGGACGCAUCUCCAAUGCAAACGUGGACAAAUACAAUUGUAUGAACUGAGCAAGGGGUUUAAGUAUUUUUGCUUUAGAAAUUAUUAUAAAAACAUUUUGUUGGGGUUUUUGCAUAUUUCACUCUGCUAUUUAUUGAAUGAAACUUGAGAGAUCUUUCUCCAUGCUGGCUCCAACGCAGCCUCAACUUUGCCUGCUUCUCUUUUUAAAGCCAGGAUUGAGGCAUUUCUACAUAUGCUGGGACUUCAGGUUGUUUUUGUUUUUGUCCCAUCACUGUUGCCAACAGUCAUGGGCCCUUCCUCAGUCAGCAUUAGGUUUUAUUUUACUUUUUUUUUUUUUUUUUUACAUAACAUUCAGUCAUCGUCACGCAACUCUGGAGAUCUGCCAAGUGGUGUGGAUUCCAGACUCCUUUCGUGGUUCCCACUUUAGUGUCUAACAAAGCUUUACGAGAGGGUUAAUGUCUGCGAACACCACAAGUGCUUUAUUCUUCCUAUGCACAGGCGGGGCUGUUAGAAAGAGAGACUGUUGUAUUCUGUGCCGGCACUUGUCUGUGCAAUAUCUCAUGAGUUUUUGUGUUUACCUCAUUGCUGCCGUAUCCCCUUUCACCCAGGGAAGGGGCGGGGCGGGGGGGGGGUUCAACCAUUGUACUAAUUGUUGUAAGAAGAGUGAAUGGAUUUGAGUGCUUGUGUGUGCGAGUGCCACGCAGUGUGUUUCUUGUAUAUAGAGUGUUUGUGUGUUUUUUUUUUUCUUUUUUUUUUUAGCUGACACAAAUUGAGGGCAGGCGUCUUGGCGAGGUGGCGCUCAUGGAGAUUCCACAAUGCACACGACUGCCACCAGAAAGCACAGCGGCCAAACUCGGUGUCUAAAAACCCGCUGGCGUGUACACAGAAGGGACCUCUUGACCUCCACACAUGGCUGACAUUUAAAUGCUGUUUUUUUUUUUUUUUUUUCAAAGAUCAAAAGGAUUUAAAACCAACAAAUGUAGGUAGUUUAGCACCUUUGGCCCCCUGUGCAUGUGCAGCAGCAUAGCAACCAACCAAUCACUGCAGAACACCUUUUCACGAGAACUCUGGACUCCAACUAGACGACAGCUGGGAUCGUCCUCCUCACUCUGGACAACUGGCGUCCAUUUACAUGAGAACUGAAGAUGGAAACGAGUGGGAGGACGCCUCGACGUACAGAACGGUAAAGCUUUGUGAAUUAUCUUGUUUGCACAUUAGCUUUUUUAGAUGUGUGGAUUGAAGAAGAAAAAAAGGGCUUUUCAUAAUUCAUAGGAUUUCAUAUUGCAGUCUAUUUAACCGGACAAGCUCAAAACCAGACAUGAAAAAUGUAUGAGGACUCCCAGGGCAACUUGAUUUGAAUCUGCACUUUAUUACAGCGGAGUUUAAGAUUUGAUAUGGCAUUAAUCAAGUUCAUGUCUUAAUAACCAGUUUGACAAUAAACCCAUGUUGCACUUGU